GGCUGUUGUAGGUGUACGAUUUAAACGUAAUGAAGCUCUUUCUGGCAGUUCUGUUCGGUGUCCUGCUUGGACUCUCAAAUGCCUUUCCAGAGCAUCCGCAACGUCCCCGCCCAUGGUGGAACCCGCUGUCCAGACUGAACCUGCUCAAAUCUCUUAAACCGACCAGCCGCAUCGUAGGUGGUUACGCAGUAAACAUCACCGAUUUCCCGUACCAGAUUUCGCUCAGCUCCUGGGGUGGCCACCAGUGCGGAGGUUCAAUUAUUGGACCACGUUGGAUUUUGACAGCCGGUCACUGUGCUUUCAGUUCCGAUAAGCCAUCGCAGCGAGUUCGAGUUGGAUCGACGGAUCGAACGAAAGGCGGGUUGCUGCUAGGACUGGAGCGUGUCGUUCAACACCCGGAGUACGACUCCGGUACGAUUGAUUAUGAUUUCUCGCUGUUGCAGCUGGAGCAAGACUUGCUUUUCAACGAAAACAAUCAAGCCAUUGAACUUCCCGAGCAGGAUGAAGAACUGUCCGAUGGCGCUCUGUGUCGAGUUUCCGGUUGGGGGAAUACUCAGAAUGUGCAGGAAUCUUCCCGCUAUCUUCGGGCAGCUGAUGUUCCCUCGGUGAACCAGGAGGACUGUGAUGCUGCCUAUGAAAAUUUCGGCGGUAUUACGCCAAGGAUGCUGUGCGCUGGCUAUCGGGAAGGCGGAAAGGAUGCUUGCCAGGGAGAUUCCGGUGGACCGCUUGUUUCCGGUGGAAAACUAGUCGGCGUGGUGUCCUGGGGUUACGGAUGUGCCCAGCCGAACUAUCCGGGCGUGUACUCUCGGGUAGCUAGCGUUCGCAGCUGGAUCAAAGAAGUUACCGGCAUCUAAGCGAAACUUAGCUGACUAAGAUCUGAUUAAUUAGCCUAGACACGCGACUUGUUUCAUAAACACUUGUUAAUAGACUCGUCAAUUACCAUCUCUCCGGAACGUGUUGUUUUUCCAUUUUUUUUUUCUUCUGAGAAACAUAAUCAUUCGAACAACCAUACUUUCA